AAAAUGUCACAAACGAAAUCUGUCGAAGUUUCUCGUUUUCUGCUUUGUCAUCAAUCUUCUGCGCAUGCGUAUUGACGAGCCGCAAUUAGCUAAUUUAGCGGACGCAAAAUCUCUGCGUGAAUUCCAGAAGAUGGCGACCGCCGUAGUGGUGUCCACUUCUAUUCCUGGAAACCUUGAGGAAAAAAGUGAAAUAAGCAAUGGAAAGAUGGGGAAUCCUCAAGCUUAUCUCAAACAUCCCUUACAGAACAGGUGGACUCUUUGGUUUUUCAAGAAUGACAAAAGCAAAACCUGGCAGGCCAACCUUCGCCUCAUCUCUACAUUUGACACAGUUGAGGAUUUCUGGGCGUUAUACAAUCAUAUUCAACUGUCAAGUAACUUGAUGUCUGGCUGUGACUACUCUCUGUUUAAGGAUGGGAUUGAACCCAUGUGGGAGGAUGAAAGGAACCGCCGCGGGGGCCGCUGGCUCAUCACUCUGUCCAAACAGCAACGGAAAAUGGAUCUGGACCGAUUCUGGUUGGAGACGCUUUUGUGUCUUGUGGGGGAAGCCUUUGAUGAUCACAGCGACGAUGUUUGUGGAGCCGUCAUCAACAUCAGAGCCAAAGGAGAUAAAAUAGCAAUCUGGACCACAAACUGUGAAAACAAAGAGGCCAUCACACAGAUUGGUCGGGUGUAUAAGGAGAGGCUUGGCGUUCCACCCAAAGUGAUCAUCGGUUACCAGUCGCACGCGGACACGGCUACAAAGAGCAGCUCCACAACCAAAAACAAGUUUGUUGCCUAAAGAUCUUUGGCUUCAUCUUCAAGGGGGAUUUUCAGCCUUUUUUUCCCUUCAGAGUAACUAAAAGUUUACCUAUCAGAAACUUUUUAGAAAUGGAGCAAAGCUCGCCUUUACUUUGUCAGAACAUUUGUUGCACUUAAAAAAUAGUAAAUAUAAAAUCCCCAUGUUAACUUGAUUUUUUGAAUAUAAAUGUAUGCAGGUUUUUGCAGUUGAAUGUAUCCAACAUUCAUUUGCGUUCCAGUGAUGAUCUGAGUUUUUACCUUUAAGUUGUUUAUGGAGAAUUACUUAAUAAAGGUACAUGCAGAAAU